GGCAACCACGACCGCAGACAAGACGAAGGUGAGCAGCAGUGAUCUCUCGGCACAACGCACGACUCUGCGGUGAAGCUGUCCUCCCUCCGAUGAGGGCGCUCCACUCUCAGCCGGCCCAUGACAUGAUCCCCACUCGACGACGACAUGGCUUCUCCGCUCUCCCCGCCCGGCAGUCCCAAGACGUGUUCGCCAUUGGCGUUUGAGAAGGACAUUGCGCAGUCGCCCGGCGAUGCGCAUGCGAGCGCGACGGCAGCAGAGGCAGCAGAGGCAGCGCAGGUAGCGGAGGCAGGGGAGCCAGCGCAGCCAGUGCAGCCAACGCAGCCAGCGCAGCCAGCGCAGCCAGCGAGCCAUGCGCCAAAGGGCAAAGAGAAGGCGGCCAAGGGCCCGCUGCGGCUGCUGGACCUGCCCGUGGACAUGCUGAAGGAGAUCAUCCACCAGCUGCCGCACACAAACGACCUGACAUCGCUCUCGCUGUGCCACACGGCCCUCCACCGGCUCACGAUCCCGUGCAUCUACUCGCGCUUCGACAUCGUCUGGCCCGAUGAGAGCACCCAUAUGGAGCCGCGGUCGGGCGUCGAUGCGCUCACCUACGGCCUGGCGACGCUUGUCAUGGGCGACGAGUGCUUCCCGCACCAGAGCAAGCUGUACCGCGACAAGGCCGCCGCGCCUCUCGCCGGCCCGUCGUCGAAUGUGCCGUACGCGAUCCCGCGCCGCCGCUUCGGCAACCACUACGGCCAGUUCACCAAGAAGUUCUCGCUCGGCAACGGACCGCAGGCAUGGGUGCAGGAGUACGUCAUCACCAAGGAGAGCGGGAAGAUGCUGGGCACGCUGGUGGCCCUGGCGAUCGCGCGCAUGGUCAACCUGGAGACGUUCGUCUGGGACAUGCCAACCGGAGUCCUGCGGGACGUCUGGCUUGCGCUGUCGAGUCUCGCGGGCCGCAGCGAUGGCCACGACUGCCGCCUCGAGCGCCUGUGGAUCCGCUGGCACGACAACACCAUCGAUGCGCCGGUGCCUCCGCCCGCGCCGCCCAUGAUCCUCAACAACGCGAACCUCCCAGCGCCUCCGAACGCCACGCAUCCCAGCGGCAUAGGGUCCGUCCCUCCGCCCGUCAUCGCGCCCCAGCCCUUCCCAGCAAGCAGCGUCCCCGCGUUGGAGCGCGUCGAGCAUCCCACCUUCUCGGUCAUCCCCGCCUUGAAGAGUCUGAGCGUGCUGGACAUCGAUGAGCUGCCUUACCUGGACGAGAUGAGCAUCCUCAUCGCACGCUCGCAGAAGAAGCUGAGAGAGCUACGUGUAGGCAUCGCUGCACAUGCGCAGCAGCGGGACUGGGUCACGGUGUGGGACGGCGACGGCCUUCAGCAAGUCGACUACAAUGCCAAGACGGCCGCGGCCAGCACGAUAGGCGAGAAGAGACUCGGAGGUGUACUUGGGGUGCUGGUCGGUCGAAUCCACAACAUGCGCCAUUCCGAGGAAUCUCCCCGCAACCCUGGGGCAGCUUCUGUGCCUGACAGGGCAGAGCCGACGCCUCUUAAGCCGAUGGUGUCGAAUAUACUGCCGUCGAUAGCCUCGCUCUCAACGCAGGACCGGGAUACUGAGCAAGAUGUGGAUCAUUUUGGGAACCCAAUGGAGGACUCAACGAUCACCGAAGGCAUCAGCCUGUUCAACGAGAACGCGCAACCCGGUGUCGAAUCAGUAGCUUCGCCGGAGAGCACGCCAGCCGCACCGCCGAGGCCAAGAGAGCCUUCGGAAUUGGCGAAUGUCAGGGGCCGUGCGUUCACUGCCGACUCGCAAAACGAGCCAGAGGAAGAGCUGCUGAACGGCAAGCUGAAGCUGGAGGUUCUAGAGCUCGAGCGCAUACCGCUCUCCGUCUCUGUUCUGCGAAGAGCAUUCGACUGGUCGAUGCUCUCAACGUUGACAUUGCUGCAUUGCAGCAACCACGAGCAGCUGUGGAAAGUUCUUAGGCGGACAUACACACCACGCGCUAGCUACUCCGGAUCGCCCUCUUCAUCGAAAGCCUUCAAAGCGUCCUACACCCUCCGUUCUGACUACCAACUCAACCUGAAGCGCAUCCACACAAAUACCGUCUCACCAUCGCUCAUCUCAUUCCUCAAGGAGACUUUGGCGCCUAACAGUCUCGAAGUCCUCUUCCUGCAGGAAGGCCGCUCUUACGCGUCUACGGUAUCAGUAGAUGCCAUAUACCGCGGACCGAUGCGGCGGCACAAAGCGAGUCUGAAGAAGUUGAUGAUCGACAGCAGCGAGAAGGAGCCGGACGGGCACACGACGACGAGCUCGCGAUGGCGAAGGUGGAUGAUGAACAGGGAGAUCUUGACUUUCAUCACAAGUGGUCGAAUGAGUAGUCUGAGAGAGCUGGCGGUGUCGAUCGAUUACAAAGACUGGCACCACUUCCUCCAGCGCCUGCCCUUCAUCCCACACAUCCGCUCUCUCUACAUCCCUUUCAUCGCCGACCAUGCACACGGCAACAACAUCGAUCCGCGCGAGCUCGCAUACCAGAUCCUCGAUAUUGUUCAUCUGCGCCCAGAGAUCGAGCUUUGCUACAUGGGACUCACGCACAAGUGCUUCGAGAUCCUUGAAAACCGACCAACGAAUUACGACUUACGAAGCGACAGUAUGAGUGGCGAAGGCGGUCCCAGCGCACACAGCCAUGCGGAGCACGACCCGGUCAUCAUCAGCGACGAUGAGAGCGAGGCCACGGAAGACGAAGACGACGAUGACGAUGACGGUGGAACGGGUCACGCAGGAGAGGAUACAGAGAGCGAGGCGAGCGACGGGGGUCAUGAUCAGGACAGCGACGACGAUGAUUUCAUGCAUGAAGAGCACCGCGGACCGAAGCUGAGGGUGCGGGAGAUUCUGUUCUACGAAGAGAGAGUGGAGGCGUUCAGGAGGAGACACGGUGUGCUGAGGCCAUAGGGAGCCAAGCUGCUGUUCCAGGGGCGGGUGCGAUGGGAUUCUCUUGCUGCAUCUUUCGGACAUUACGGUGGCGCAGCAUUGGUGUACUGGGAGGCAACGACCUCAUGGCUUCCGACCGGGGUUUUUUUUUCAAAUGAUGUUCACGGUAAACGAAUGUGGUUUUAGGAUUCACUUGGGCGGCUUAACAAUAGCACGAAGCCCUUCGCAUUGCUUUCCUUCAAUGGGGCCCCACGUGCUUUCGCGUAUCGAUAGGCGCGCUGCGUUGCAAUCACCGGCAACCGCGACCAACAAACAAUACAAUCAAACACAACGCAGC